AUGGCGCACCGCGCGCGACUGGCGCGCGCGCUGGACGGGACUCGACGACGCGCGGCGUUCGAACGCGGCGACGCGCGCGCGAGCGGGUCGGUGGUGCGGCGAUGGCGAACGGGCGCGACGGCGCGCGACGACGCGUGGGGAGGGCGAGGGGUCUCCGCGGAGGCGUUGGAACCGGUGCACGUGCGUGGGUUGAACGACGCGCAGCGCGCGGCGGUGCUGGCGCCGGUGGGCGCGACGCGCGUGCUCGCGGGACCGGGGUCGGGAAAGACGCACGUGUUGAUUGGACGCGUCGCGCACCUGAUUCACGAGGAGAAGACGCCGCCGAGGGAGAUUUUGUGCAUUACGUUUACGAAUAAAGCGGCGAAGGAGCUGCGGGAGCGGUUGAGGGACAAGAUUGGAGAGGUGGCGGCGAAGGAGAUCACGGCGGGGACGUUUCACUCCGUCGCGGCGAGAAUGCUGCGACGGCACGGGGAGCGAAUUCCGGGCAUCGGACGCACGGGAGAGUUUACGAUUUACGACGCGGACGACAGCAAGCAAAUCGUGCAGAGCGUGCUAGUGAACAAGUUUGGCGAGUCGAAGAAAACCGCUCAGCCGGGACCGAUGCGGAACUGGAUUAGUACGGCAAAGUCGUGCGUGAAGCACUCCGUCGGUCUGCGAGGUUCACAAAUGCUCAGAGCGCUGGAAGACGCCAAAAAGCCGAUACCGCCAAUGUCGCAACAACGCUUUGUGGAACUGUACGACGAGUACGAGGAUGGCCUGCGACAGGCGAACGCGUUUGAUUUCGACGACUUACUUUCGGCGACCGUCGCGAUGUUGGAGAUGUGUCCGGACGUCCGCGCGUAUUACGAGCGUCGUUGGAGUCAGGUUCUUGUGGACGAAUUUCAGGAUACGUCGACGACGCAAUACGAGUUGAUUCGAAAGCUAUCGCAGCCUCAAGGGUCCGUUUUUGUCGUAGGUGACGCCGAUCAGGCUAUUUAUGGUUGGCGCGGAGCCGAGGUGGCGAACAUUCGAACGCAGUUCGACCAGGACUUUAAGGAGGUUCAGACACACAUGUUGACGACAAACUAUCGGAGCACGUCGACCAUCGUUGAGGCGGCGCAAGCAGUUAUCAAGGAGAGCUCAUUUCCUUCUCCACUCGAUCUCGUCGCGCACACUCCCGGAGGACGAGACGUUGCGAUCGUCGAAGCGAACGAUGAUCGAGAAGAGGCAGAGUUCAUCGCCUUGGAGGCGCGUAAGCUCGUUCAAGAUUCUGAUUUGCGCUACUCGGAUGUGGCUGUACUGUAUAGAACGAACUCUCAAGCUCGCGUGCUCGAGGAAGCAUUCAUUCGAGCCGGCGUGCCGCACACAGUUGUCGGCGACACUUCUUUCUAUAGUAGAAAAGAGAUCAAGGAUAUGAUUGCGUACUUACGCAUUGUGUCGAAUUCGUCGGACACGGUGAGCUUGAAUCGCAUCAUCAACACGCCAACGCGAGGUAUAGGGAACUCGACCAUCGAAAAACUCAAUGCUUGGCUCAAAACGCUACCGAAGAAGGAUGGGCUUUCACCGUCCAUUGGUGAUGCGCUCUUGCGAGGCGCAUGGAAGACGAAUCCGGGUGAACAAAGCGAGCUGUUACCGAGUGCAGACGAGAUGGGAUUGACCGCGCGCGCACGAACGGCAGUGCUAAACUUCGUCGAGCUCAUGCGUGCGUGCCAACAGACCGCAAUGAAUGCGACCCCGGGGGAACUCCUAGAGGAUGUCAUCAAGCGCACUGGGUACGAGACGAUGGUACUCGACGCGGACGAUGGCGUCGAUCGCUGGGCUUUCGUGCAGGAGUUAAUCAAUCUAGCAAAGGAACCCCCGCGAGAUGUGGAUGAAACGAUCCAAGACCGCGUCGGGCUUGAAGCUCUGGGCGCAUUCUUGGAAGGAGUUUCGCUCCUGACGAGUGCAGAGACCGACGACGUAACGGGCGGCGAUAAAGCAAAGCUCAUGACAAUGCACGCCAGCAAAGGAUUGGAGUUUGACACAGUUUUCAUCGCCGGCGUUGAAGACGGAUUGAUACCAUUCAUCCGAAACGGUGAUAGUGAUGAUGACCAGGAUGAAGAAGUGCGUCUAUUUUACGUCGGUAUAACGCGUGCGAAGCGCAAACUUAUGCUGUGUCACGCCCGCGAGAGGAGGCGGUUCGGUCAGAGUCCGCAGGCGGCGAGGCGGUCAUUCCUUCUCGACAGUAUCUCUGCGACGCUCACCGGAACAAAGAAGCCCGAGCGACCGGUGACCCUCCACGGUGGUGUAUCCGCGCGAGCGAGAAAUGGUACCGGUAUGCUUGAGAAAGGCAAAGCAGACUGGAGCGCACGCGUCACCGUCGAUCUCCCGCCACCCACGCGCAAGCGCGAAGGAACGACUCGAGAUCGGAUCGUCAAGUCGCGAGACCUCAUCAAGAAGGUUACGGGUGCCGAUGCGGUGGUUCCAUUGCCGUUGCGCAAAGCACAGGCCGCGAGUGAGAGUUCGUCAGGGUCAAGCGCAAGGGCGAAACCCAAGCGCGCCGCGCGACACGUCAAAAAGUCGCCGGACGAGUAG